AUGCCACUCUUACGCGAAUCUCUCAGCUUCUGCAAAUGCGGCAAAAGUGCUGACAAUCAUGUCAUAGGCUCUGUUAAGCGGUUAAGUAACUCACUAAGUCAAUCCGGCUCUGGUGUGCCCCGUGGUUGUAACUAUUCGACAGUACUGACACGUGAGAAAAUUGACAACAUCUCAGAAUGCAAGACGACCAAAGAGCAACCCUCUGUGCAAGACAACUUCGAAUGUUCUGUUCAACAACGAUAUGUACCAGUAUUCGGUUGCGAUGCCCGUUCGUUGGGGCUCCCAAACCCACAGCUUUCAACGCGGCGCAACAGCGCGUCUAUGCCAUUUAGUCUCUCUAAUGUAGCAAGGAUACAUACAAUAAAUACUUCGAAAAUUCUACCUUCGUUAUCGAAGAUACCGUACAUUGGUGAUAUCCCAAACGGAAAAUGUGGACAGACAUUUACCACUCAAGCGACCGCGUCAAUGAAGGAUGUAGAUAACAGUUGCAUGAACUUGCUGUGCUCUAAAGUGGAGGAACUAUUGGCUUCGAAGCUACAGCAAGUAGCGGAGCUCCGUACAACUUUGGGCAAGGUAAAAAUUGGUGAGAUUACCGUUGGCCAAGUACUUGGCGGUAUGAGAGAUAUGAUAGGAAUGAACUGCGAGACUUCACAGCUUGACGCAAACACAGGCAUUACAUAUCGUGGUUUGAGCAUCCCUCAGCUAUUGGAAAAACUUCCUGGAGCUACUCUAGACAGCAAGUGCCCCUACACGGAAUCGGUGCUCUGGUUAUUGCUUACUGGCGAGGUACCAACUGCAAAGGAAGCUGAGCUACUGUCAAAAGAGUUGGCCACGCGAUCCAGUGUACCUCAAUAUGUAUAUAACGUGCUGGACAAACUACCCACCCACACCCACCCUAUGACACAGUACGUUGUAGCAAUUGCAGCACUGCAAACAGAAUCUAUAUUCCGGAAGGCCUACAACGAAAAAAAAUACAAAAGAGAUACGGCUUGGAAGCUUGUUCUGGAAGAUGCUUUGAAUCUUAUUGCAAAAAAUCCACUCAUAGUUGGCUACAUAUACAGGCGAACAUUCGUUGACAAAAUGAUCACAGAUGGAAAGGGAAUGGUGUAUGACCCGCAACAAGAUUACGCUGCUAACGUAGCGAGAAUGGUUGGAAUUGAUACGCCUGAAUUCCAUGACAUGAUGAGGCUGUAUAUUGCUGUGCAUGCUGAUCACGAAGGAGGCAACGUGUCUGCACACUCGGCACAAUUAAUUGGUUCAGCAUUGUCCGACCCGUACUUCUGCUUCGCUGGUGCUUUGGCCGGUUUGUCUGGACCUCUACAUGGGCUUGCAAAUCAGGAAUGUCUUUCGUGGCUCAAAAAGCUUGUGGCCGAACUGGAUGGUCAGGAGAUCAAUGUAGGCACUGUGACAAAGUUUGCCCAGGACACUCUGAAGAAAGGCUAUGUAAUUCCGGGAUACGGCCACGCAGUGCUGAGGGUAGAAGAUCCGCGUCAUACUGCAUUUGUCGAGUUCGCGCACAAGAAGUUCCCCGACGACCCUCUAGUCAAGGUCCUUGAUGUGUGUCUUCAGGCUAUCCCAUCAGUCCUUGCGGCUACAGGAAAAGUUAAGAACCCUCACCCGAAUGUAGAUUGUUCGACUGGCGUGCUGUUGUCGCAUUUCGGACUAACCCAGCCGGAUAUGUACACCGUCUUCUUCGGCAUUUCGAGAGCCGUGGGAAUAAUGGCGCAACUGGUGCUUUUUCAUGCGGAUAAGGAGGAACAGAAAGAUGGAAGGUUGCGUAAGGUGCUCCAUGCCACGAAUUCCAAGACGUUGUCGCCAGUCAGCGAUACUGUCUACUGUGAAUCGGUGACAGAAAGGGUACGCUUUCCAACAAGGAAUGUACGAAUAGGAAACGUAACCAUUGGAGGUAACAAUCCUAUUGCUCUUCAAACCAUGACAUCAUGUGAUACUUGCGAUACCGAUGCAACUGUGGAACAGAUUAUUAGGUGUCAGCAGUAUGGCGCUGCCAUAGUACGUCUUGCCGUUCAGUCUCCCAGGGAAGUGAGAGCGUCCGUAGUGGCUAAGGAGAAAUUGUUAGCUAAAGGGUGCAAUAUUCCUUUGGUUGCAGACAUCCACUACAGUCCUAAGGUGGCACUAAUGGCUGCGGAAAUUUUCGACAAGGUCAGAGUGAAUCCGGGAAAUUACGUAGAUGGAAGAAAGGAUUGGGAAGAAAAGGUUUAUAACACAGAGGAAGAAUUCAGAGAAGGGACUAAACGAAUAGAAGAACGGUUCACACCACUUGUUGAGAAAUGCAAGGAACUUAAACGCGCUAUUCGCAUUGGUACAAACCACGGUUCAUUGUCCUCACGUAUCAUGAGCUACUACGGUGAUUCUCCCAAGGGUAUGGUGAUGUCUGCCAUAGAAUUUGCGGAAAUCUGUGUGAAGAAUGACUUUCAUGAUAUAGUGUUUUCGAUGAAAUCAUCAAAUUCAUUCGUCAUGGUAAAUGCAUAUCGCCUCCUGGUUAAUGAGAUGUACAAGCGUGGGUGGAAUUAUCCCAUACACUUGGGAGUUACGGAAGCUGGAUCAGUCGACGACGGGCGUAUAAAGAGCUGUAUUGGAAUUGGAGCAAUGUUGAUUGAUGGAAUUGGAGACACCAUCAGAUUGUCAUUGACAGAAGACCCUUGGUUAGAGCUUCCCCCAGGACGUCAAUUAUUACGGUUCAUUGAAGGCUUAAACAAGGACGUUAAACCAGAGGUACAUAAACCUACCAAGAGAGAGGACUUUCGGGAUUUUAACAACAUAAUGCGCAGGGAAUUGGAUUUCGGCGUUUCACCUUUGAGCUUUGAUGAUUCAAGGCAAUCUAUAUUGAACCGUGAUGGGUCUGUUGGUUGCUUCGUUAGUCAAGAAGAUCUUGCUGAUCCCCUUAUGCUCUAUAAGGCACUAAAUGUUGUUAUGAAAGAUGGUUUGCCUCAACGCGGAUUGAAAUCCGUGGAUUUCAUUUAUGUGGAGAACACGCCGCUAUUCCACGAUUCAAAUGGUCAAAGGGUAUUGAAGGAACUUAUUGAAGGUGGCUUCCAAGUGCUAGCACCUGUGGAUCAGUUGCAAGAGCAACCAAUAAAAUUUGCAGUUGGUGUUGUUGAUUUGGAUAAUUUGGAGGAAUUCCAAAAGUCUCAAUCAUCGCCCAAUUAUCCGAACGCUGAAAUACGUGUAGACUUUACUGAUAAAAUUGCUAAUCUUGCUCUCAGGAUAACCGGGCACGAGUCUGAUGUUGCCAUCGGCAAGUUGUGCAGCAUAGAACGAGGGAUUUCGAGUAAAGCUCUCGGGGCAGGCGUCCCUCGCUUUAUCAUUCUUGAUAUAGACCCUAAGCUGAAUCAUGUGGAGACAGUGCGACGUGUGUUCGGUAUCCUGGUGCGGAACGGAUCAAAGCUUCCUGUUGUACAUAAAGUGGACGCCAGCGACUGCUUCGACCACGAGGAGGUGGUUGUCAACGUAUCUACAACCUUGUCAACGCAUCUUAUCGACAAAUUGGGUGAAGGACUAAUCAUUAAAUCUCGUUUGCCUCUUUCUGAGAGCAAUGACAUUGCUUUGAGCAUUCUACAGGCCUCCAGGAUGAGGAGUUUCAAAACGGAGUUCAUCUCAUGCCCGUCCUGUGGCCGUACACUAUUCGACAUACAGAAAACAACGGAAACAAUUAAGAAACGAGUGGGGCAUCUCCCUGGAGUCAGUAUUGCUAUCAUGGGUUGUAUCGUGAAUGGAAUCGGUGAAAUGGCUGACGCUGACUUUGGAUAUGUUGGCGGUGCUCCUACAAAGGUUGAUUUGUAUGUGAAGAAGAAACUGGUGGAAAGAAAUGUACCACAUGAUCAAGCUUGCGACCGUCUUAUCGAGCUGAUUAAGCAGCAUGGGAAAUGGGUUGACCCAUAA